CAGACUCUGACAGGAUGGAGCUCUACCUCGACCUGCACUCCCAGCCCUGCCGCUCCGUCUUCCUGUUGGCCAAAGUUAUCGGGAUUCCCUUUGAGUUUAAGUUGGUGGAACUCUCUGCAGGGCAACAGUACAGCGAGGAAUUUGGAAAGAUCAAUGUCAUGAGGAAGGUUCCCGUCAUGAAGGAUGGAAGCUUCAUUCUGACGGAAAGCGUGGCAAUCCUGAAGUACAUGCUGCAGAAACACUCGUCGUCAUUGGCAGAUCACUGGUACCCAGCUGACCUGCAGCAGCGUGCUCGUGUUAAUGAAUACCUGUCCUGGCAGCACAUGAACCUCAGAGCUCACGGGUCCACGGUCUUUCUCAUGGCUCUGUUUCCUGUCAUCAUGGGCUCCGAGGUCCCGAAGGAGAAGAUGGACGCUGCUGUGCAGGAUCUGAAUCAGUCGCUCCAAAUGCUGGAGGACAUGUUCCUGCAGAAUAAACCGUUCAUAGUUGGCGACAAAAUCUCUGUGGCCGAUCUGGUGGCUAUAGUUGAGAUCAUACAGCCUGUUGCCACCGGCCUGGAUGUGUUUGAAGGCCGGCAGAAGCUGACUGCCUGGAGGGAGCGAGUGAAGAAGGCUCUCGGUGAAAAGUUGUUUGCGGAAGCUCACGAGGUGAUCAUGAGCCUGCCGCAGCAGAUGGAGAACAACAGCAACCUGGAGAUGCUCAAACCAAAGUUUCAGAAGCUUUUCAGCUGAGUACAAAAGGAUAGAGGAUGACUGGCAAUGAUCUAAACAAAUAUUUCAUUGUGUGAGUUUUUUCCUUGCAGAAUUCGAGAACAUGAAGUUGUGUAAAACUGUUAGAACAGUUUCGAAAACUCUGUGAAAAUUAUUUCAUUUUUAUUUCUGCAGAACAUUUGGUUUACCAACAGAAUUUUCUUUCAUGCUAACUUGAAGGAAAUCUAUACAUUUGAAAGAAAACUGGAAAAAUGCACCAGGAAAAAACAAGAACAAUCUAUUUUAACAACUCAUUGUGUAUCAAUCAUUAUGAGUGAAUACAUAUUCAUGAUCCCUUCACCACAACUAUUAAAGAGCAUCAACAUUAUAUUCAAGAA